AUGCAAACUUUCGCUGUAACUAGCUUUUGCUUGGCCCUAAUUGGCGCUGCGGCGGCUAUACCUUUUGGUGUCGACGUGAGGUCUGCUGACCACGGCGUACUCCGCCUGUUGGCUGAGGCUAAUGCCAUGGGCGGCGCCGCUGAUCCCACAGUCACCACUGAGUGUUUCAAUUACUAUAUGCCAAUCAUAAACCAAAUCUCCGCGAAUUUUUCCACGCAGUAUGAGCAAUGUGUCACCGUGGCCACGCAAGCUUCAGCCAAUCUCACCGCCACUGCUGCCCAGAAUCGCGUUGCCUUUGUGAAUCAGACCGCCAGCAUAUGCAGUGCUUUCACCACAUGCAACAGCGACAAUGAUACCCUGGACUUCUUCAACUGCUACGUCACCGCUUCCUCAGCUGAUAUUUUGGACAUCUAUACGCUCUCGGAUAGCGCCUCGACUGCUGCGCUUUCACUGAAGAGUGGAUUGCAAAUGAUUAGUGAUACGGAGACUUCGUGUACUAGCGCCGCUCAGCGCACCUACACCACGCAGACUGCCGAAACUUAUAAGGAGUUAUACGCAUGCUUCGUCAGUGGUUUACCAGGUUCCACCACUGCAGCUACCUCCAGUACUGCUCCCCCAGAUAGUUCUGCUGCCGAUGACAGUACUGCUUCUGUUGCUAGCUCAGCCGCUCCUCUUGCCUCGUAAAUUUUCGUUGUGUAGAUAGAAAGUAGACUGUGUCUCGUUUUUUUUUAAAUUUGUUCUCACUGAAAACGAAGAGAAAAGUCGACUUUACUUAGAGUGAUGAUUUAAAUAUUUAUAUAAAGUGUAAA